AUGGCAGCUCUCAUGAGACCCCCUACAGUUUCACGCUUUCUUAGGUGUUGCAGAGGAACGCGAGGGUUCUCGUUACAGCCACGAAGAGGGAUACAAUUUCUGAACCCACUGGACCCCCCAGAAGACUUGUCUGCCAAUGACUCGCGGGAGUUGUUCAAGAGUGUUGAGGACGUACAAAAGAACGGCUUGGAGAAGAGAGAACCAUCUGCAUACGUGCCAACAAUUGAAAUUGGCAAAGUAACUAUCUCUAAGCUACUGCUUCGAGAUGCGUGUACUUGUCCGAAGUGCGUGGAUCCUUCUUCGACACAGAAGAACUAUCAAACAACCCAGAUACCUGAAAAUAUCGACGUUAAAUCUGUGUCGGGGACUUCAGAGGGGAAGAUACAGGUUACUUGGGACAAUGACAUUGCUGAGUUAGGGACAGACCAUGUGUCAGAGUAUCCUUCAAGGCUCUUCCACCAAAACACGAGGAUUCUGGAAGAUGUUUGCGACCCUCACAAGAUAAUAUCGAACUCGGAGGUCGCGUGGAACGCCAAAAUGAUGAAAGAUAAGCUCAAAUUUGUCGAUUUCGAUGCCUACAUGACCAAUGAUGACAGUUUGUACGAAGUGCUCGAGCAUCUCCACCUCUACGGGCUUGUUUUUUUGAAGAACGUCCCAUCAUCGCUCAAGGAUGCCGCGGUAGAAGAUAUCGCCACUCGAAUUGGGAGAAUUCGGGACACCUUUUAUGGACGAACAUGGGAUGUAAGAUCUGUACCAGAUGCUAAGAACGUCGCAUACACAUCUCGAUAUUUAGGACUGCACAUGGAUUUGCUUUAUAUGGCAAACCCACCAGGCUAUCAAUUCCUACAUUGUAUGGAGAAUACAGCGCAAGGCGGAGCAUCGAUUUUCUCGGAUACUAAAUGGGCAGCCUCCCACCUGAAGCCAGCUUCCCGUUAUCUGCUACACGCCUUACAAAUCCCUUAUGAGUACAGAAACAAUGGAGAGCAUUAUUUUCACAACCAUCCUGUCCUUUACCGCAAAAGUUCUGUCAAGCACGUCAACUACUCACCCCCGUUUCAAGCACCAUUUUUAUUACACCCACAGUAUGCAGAUGAACAAUGGCAUCAAAAGAUAGCCGCUUUGCGAGAAUUUUCGGCCGCCGUGGAAGACCCAGAAAAUGUUGUCGAGUACAGGCUUCAAGAGGGAGAAUGUGUCAUAUUCAAUAAUCGGAGGGUACUUCACGGCAGAAAAGAAUUUGACGCGCUGGGUGGGAAGAGACAUUAUAAAGGUACAUACAUCGACACCGACGUUGUCUCGAGUCGAUAUAGAGUGCUGAAGCAGCUGGACGAGGAAAAGCAUCCAGACAGAGUGGCGACGCAGCUGAAGGAGAUGAAGUAG